AUUUGUUGUCUUGUUGGGUUUGUUGCUCUGGGUUGGCCUUCUGAAAUUAACGGUCCAUUUUCACUUUCCAACGAACUCCAUAGCCAAAGCUCCUUUUUGUUUUGCUUUUUUCAUAUCUAAAAGUAAAAUCAUUCUCUCAUUCAUAUGCUUGUAAAAAUUUUGCCAGCUUUGUCGAUGGUUCAGUAUCUGGGCACACUUCGCCCUUAUUCUCUAACCUAUUUUGCCCCUUACACACGCCAAAUUCCACUCCCCACCUCUUCAAUUUCACUUCCUAAGACUGGCUCAUCUCCCUUUAGACGGUUUCUUCAUGCUUGUCUUCGAUCUGAUAAUGCAAGGGGGGUUUCUGGUGCGGAGUUACAUGGGGACCAAUCAGAGAUCAUAUUUAUGGGUACAGGAACAAGUGAAGGCAUUCCUCGUGUGAGCUGCUUGACUAACCCUCUGAAGACAUGUGAGGUUUGCUCAAAAGCCGCAGAACCAGGUAAUAAAAAUAGGAGACUUAACACAAGCAUCCUCAUUUGUUAUCCUACAACAUCUGGAAAAAGUAACAUCCUUAUAGAUGCUGGAAAAUUCUUCUACCACAGUGCUCUUCGAUGGUUUCCUGCCUAUGGGCUAAGAACAAUUGAUGCGGUUAUAAUUACUCAUUCUCAUGCUGAUGCAAUCGGAGGUCUUGAUGACCUACGUGAUUGGACAAACAAUGUCCAGCCAUCUGUUCCAAUUUAUGUGGCCAAGCGUGAUUUUGAGGUAAUGAAAAAGACUCAUUAUUAUUUAGUUGACAUAAGCGUAAUCACUCCUGGGGCUGCUGUUUCAGACUUGCAAUUCAACAUCAUAGAUGAAAAUCCAUUCACGGUUCACGGAUUAAAGAUUACCCCUUUACCCGUGUGGCAUGGUCCUGGUUACCGCUCCCUUGGUUUUCGUUUUGGUAAUAUUUGUUACAUUAGCGAUGUUAGUGAAAUACCUGAAGAGACUUAUCCACUUCUCAAGGAUUGUGAAAUCCUGAUUAUGGAUGCCUUAAGGCCGGAUCGGUCAUCAGCAACACAUUUUGGACUUCCAAAGGCCUUAGAGGAAGUGCGAAAAAUUCAACCGAAAAGAACUCUGUUCACCGGUAUGAUGCAUCUAAUGGACCAUGAGAAGGUAAAUAACUAUCUUAUGGAGUUGAUGGAGACAGAGGGUCUUGAUGUACAACUGAGCUAUGAUGGGCUUCGGGUACCUAUAACUCUCUAGAUUUUGAAUCAAUCUCAUUAUUAAGGAAAAUGUCUUGUGAACCACAUUUGUCAACUGAUCGUUCCUGGGUUUUA